AUGUCGAAAACUUCGGUCACCGCGACCAUCAAUUCAAGAAUCAGCAAGUAUCAACGGACCUUAACAUUCUUAACCAUUCCACAAAUAUCGUCGCUCAUUCCGGAUCAAUCCAUCGAUCGCGCAACAAUCACCAUCCCGAAGAAUUUGAAAUUAGCAGAUCCGAACUUUCACCGCCCAGCGCCAGUCGAUCUCUUAUUGGGCUCCGGAGCAGCGUUGUCCGUCCUGAGUGUCGGACAAAUCGACCUUUCACCACCCGACGGACCAGACUUGUAUUUACAGAAGACGAGACUGGGAUGGGUCAUCGGGGGGAGCGCUCCGGCAUCCCAACCCAGGCAAAAUUCCUCUUGUCACAUGACCAACAACUUGCAGUUUGAUCUCACCCGCUUUUGGGAGAUAGAGGAAGGGCCAAGGGUGCAGCAUUUGUCAGAAACGGAUCGGGUCUGUGAGGAACACUUUCGCAGUCACGUGACACGCAGUUUGAACGGGCGAUACGUAGUAGCUCUUCCGUUCAAAGAAAACGUAUCACGAUUGGGUGAAUCGAGAUCAAGAGCAUUGAAUCGACUGAUCUCAUUAGAGCGAAAAUUGCAGCGUGAUGAACAAUUGCGUCAGGAUUAUCGGGCUGUUGUGCACGAAUACCUGGAGCUCGGACACAUGUCCGAUGUACCAAACGCUCAGGAUUUGAACGAAGGGUAUUACCUACCCCAUCAUGGAGUCACGAAAAUCACGAUUGAGACCACCAAAUUGAGGGUGGUAUUUGACGGCUCAGCACCCACAACCACAGGAAUCUCCCUCAACGACACGCUGCACGUCGGUCCGAAGAUUCAGGAUGACCUCCUUCACAUCCUACUUCGAUUCCGUUGUCAUCAAUAUGUAUUGACGGGAGACAUCGAGAAGAUGUACCGACAGUUCAUGGUUCGUCCGGAAGACAGGAAGUACCAAAGGAUUCUUUGGCGCGACUCUACCGGACAGAUCAGAACAUACGAAUUAAACACCGUCACAUUCGGUCUGUCAGCCGCGCCCUAUUUAGCGAUCCGCUGCCUGACGCAACUGGCCCACGACGAAGGGUAUCGAUUCCCGGGAGCGGCCGAAAUCCUGGUGAGAGAUUUCUACGUAGACGACCUGCUCACCGGAGCAAAGACGAUAAAAGAAGCCAUAGAUCUGCGGAAUCACCUCACGCAGCUCCUUAGAAUAGCAGGGUUGAAUAUCCGCCAAUGGGCUUCCAACCACCAGUCGCUUCUACGAGGAUUACCGCAGCAAGAUAUCAACAAACGACUCCACCUCGGAGAGUCAUCGACCAUAAAGACGCUGGGAGUGGUUUGGAACUCCGAAAAUGACUCCAUCACCUAUGCAGUCAAGAUCACCAAUUCCGCAUCACUCGUCUCAAAACGAUCCAUCAGUUCCGAAAUAGCAAGGAUUUACGAUCCAUUGGGGCUUCUAGGACCCGUCAUCAUCUUAGCAAAAAUCAUCUUACAGAAGAUCUGGACCUUGAAGGUCGACUGGGAUGAAUCUCUUCCCAUGCAUAUCCACACCGAGUGGAUGCAUUAUUACACUCAACUCCCACUGCUGAACAAUGUCAUAUUCGCGAGGCAAACAAUCAUCAACGAGAUGGCACGGAUCGAACUGCACGGAUUUUGCGACGCUAGUGAACGAGCCUAUGGAGCCUGCAUUUAUCUACGAACGAUGGACACGCACGGUAGGAUUCAAGUGCAACUCCUCGUGGCAAAGUCCAAGGUGGCACCGUUGAAGAGCCAAACGAUACCACGACUAGAACUCUGCGGAGCACUCCUCCUUACCUCAUUGACCUCAACGGUCCAACGAUCUCUACAUUUAUCGCCAGAACGCAUUCUCCUAUGGACCGACUCUACGAUCGUCCUGCAUUGGCUAACGACCUCUCCACAUUUAUUGAAGACCUUCGUGGCGAACCGCGUUUCUGAAAUCCAAACAAAAUCAAGCGGAGCAAAUUGGCGACAUGUUCCUACCACCGACAAUCCCGCGGAUCUCGUGUCGCGGGGUCAGUCACCGGAGGAAUUCCUCCGCCCAUCCAUCUGGCACCACGGACCAGAAUGGCUUCAACUCGAGGAACCGUACUGGCCAACAUGGGAACUAGCACCGGUCACUACAAUUCCUGAGCAGCGAAUGACAACCUGUCUAACGACUAUGUCCAUCGACACCUCCAUUCUAGACAGGUAUUCGUCGUGGGGAAAGACGGUGCGGGUCACCGCGCGGUGCCUCCGCUGGAAACGAACAAACAUCGAACGGGGGACUCUGGCAGCUUCAGAACUUCACCACGCUCAUAAUGCCCUAAUCAAGCUGCUUCAAAGGGUACAUUUUUCCGACGAGAUACAAGGUCUCACCAAGGGGCGAAACAGCGGUCUCAAGAGUAAAAUGCAACGAUUGAACGCCUUUUUAGACAACGACGGGAUGCUACGAGUCGGAGGCCGGUUAAAACAUUCAUUGAUGCCCUUUCACCAAAAACACCCUAUAAUACUGCCAAAGGCACGCGCAACGACCCUCAUCAUUGAGGACAUACACCGGUCCCAUCUACAUGCAGGUAUACAAGCAACCCUGUACGCAGUAAGGCGCCGAUACUGGCCCAUCGACGGCCGAAGUCAGGUGUGGAAGGCCGUAAAGAUCUGCGUACAAUGCAGCCGAGCCCAACCACCACCCGUGGAUUACAUCAUGGGCAAUUUACCUGCUCCACGGGUAACAGAGUCACGGCCAUUCUCGAAUGUUGGAAUCGACUACUGCGGACCUUUCUUCAUCAAGGAACGAAGACACCGAAACCGUAGUCGAGUCAAGGUGUACGUGGCAGUGUUCAUAUGCCUCGCAGUAAAGGCAGUACACCUCGAACUCGUGAGCGAUCUCACCAGCGAGGCCUUCAUCGCAGCCCUUCGACGUUUUAUUGCGCGACGAGGACUUUGCACAAGCAUAUCCUCCGAUAACGGCACGAAUUUCGUUGGGGCUAACAACGAAUUGCGCGAAUUAAAAACACUUCUAGAUUCCGACGAUCAUAUCAACAAGGUGAAAACCUUCCUCGCCGACCGAUUAAUCGACUGGAACUUCAUUCCCCCGCUGUCUCCUCAUUUCGGAGGUCUCUGGGAAGCAGCGGUAAAAUCAUUUAAAUACCACCUCAAACGCGUCACAGGACCCGGAUUAUUCACCUUCGAGGAUUGCAAUACGCUCAUUAUUGAAAUCGAGGCCAUUUUAAACUCUCGCCCACUAACACCCAUUUCCUCUGAUGCGAAUGACCUGCUAGUCCUCACCCCGGGUCACUUUCUAAUUGGCGAUUCAUUGACGAGCUUGCGCGAGCGAGAUUUCAGAGACACCCCAUCAAAUCGCCUCUCCAGCUGGCAGCAUAUCCAGAAGUUGAAACAGCACUUCUGGAUUCGAUGGCAUUGCGAAUAUUUAAACGAAUUAACUAAUCGCAGCAAAUGGUCCACGGGCGCGCAUCAAAUAAAGGAAGGCACAAUCGUGCUCCUACGAGAGGACAACACCCCACCGAUGCAGUGGCCCCUCGGGAAGGUGAUCAAGGUGCACCCAGGUUCGGACGGAAUCAUCCGAGCGGUUACGGUCAAAACUGCCACGACCACUCUCGACCGAAACGUCAAGCGGCUAGCACCGCUGCCCAUUCAACCAGGGUCGGAAGAUUCGGCAAAGGCCGAGUAA